AUGCCGUCAUCUAGUCGACAUAAGCAACCGCGUAAGAGUCAGCGCCCGACGCUCACAUGCACCGAGUGUGCCCGCCGAAAGCAGCGAUGCUCCAAGACAAUCCCCUGUUCCUCAUGUCUCGACAGGGGUAUUGCCUCAUCGUGUCGUAGGAAUGGUGUCUCAGCGUUGUCGCCUCAGCCGUCUUCAAGGGAAGAGUCGGACCCGACGCGAUUGAGGCUCGACGAUUACCCGCACCAUCCCAAUUCCACCCUGUUCUCGGAACCAGGGGUUCGGACUGCCUCGCCGGGUUCCACACAGGGCGGCGGCGAUGAGACCCAACCGGACGGCAGCUGCACCGAUGAGGUGGUGCAAGAUAACUCCAUGUGUAGUCGCAGUCACGACCAGAGCGAACCAAAAUCAUACACAAGCCGUCCACGUUUGACGAAUGGGACCGUGUCUACCCUCGAGUUCCUUACCCACGGUCGUCGGAGUAUCCUAAACCUCCCGCACACCCAAACCCGCCGAGCAUCACUAUCGAUCACGGUCAGCUCAGCAGCAGCGUCUUCUGACGAGCGUGUUGACGAUGCCGUCUGUCGGUGGGACGCCGUCUUCUCAGUCGCUGACGCGCGCAGGCUGCUCAUCUUCCACCAGCGUCAUCUUGCCUGGAUGCAUAAUGUCCUGCACAUGCCGACCUUGAUUCGAGAGUUUGACAUGAGCCUGGGUUUGUCUCAGCCGAAACCAGCAUGGAUGGCUCUGUACUACGCAGUUCUCUCGUCAACACUCUAUCAUGGAGCAGGAGAGGCUUUGUCCACAUUUGGCAUGUCUACUUCAGAAGCCUUGAGCUGUGCUCUCACCCUACAUGACAGGAGUAUGCAAUGUCUUCACACAAGUGAAUUCAUGGCUAAGCACACUAUCUACGCGGCCCAGACAAUUUGCAUCCUGCUUCAGGUCUCUCACAACUUGGAUCAGUCCGACCUAGCCUCUGUCCUCAUUGGCACCGCCAUCAAGAUCUGUCAGUGCCUGAAUGUUCAUCGCAUCGGCGCAGACCGGCCCGACAUGACUGAAGGCAUGGACAAAGCGACGGCCGCGAAAGCCCUUAUCGAACGCGAGGUCAAGAAACGAGUCUGGUGGUUCCUUGUCCGUCAGGACUGGCUACAAAUACCAUUUCAGAACACGUACUUGAUCCACGCCACGCAGUUCAACACGCCCAUGCCGAUCAAUUGCCACGAUGAAGCGCAUUUAAUGGUCAGCGCUGGGGAUUUGGUGAUUCAGCCUCCGAACGUUUACACGCAGAACAGCUCCUCCCAUGUCCUGAACCUAGCGGCCAUCAUCAUCUGGAAGCAUCAGAACCGCAUGUGCGAGGUCGGUCACCCUGGAUCAAGUCCCGAGCGCAUGGCCAAAUUGCAUGAGCAAGUCAUCUGGGCAGAUAAGGAACUGAAAAUGGUCUACUCCAACACGCCGAACUUUUUCAAGGUUGGGCGAAACUGUGAAUCGCAGUUGUCAUCUCCCGGGCUGAAACAGCAAGCUUCAAUCUUGCUGUUGUCCAUGGCUCACAAGGUCUCGUGCAUUUCCGUGGCAGAAAUGUGCAUCCUUGAUGCUCAGAGCUGGGGCGAUGACAAGCUAGCAAACAUAGCUCGCAGGAUGUGGACUGUCGUAACACAUCUCAUUACAUGCUGUGUUUUCCUGAUAUUUGCUUCCAUCUUUCGCUCCGAAAACGUACUCCUCUAUGAUGGAGCGAAAAUGCGUCAGCUUGCGGAAGUAGGGCGUGCGAUGAUCCAUGGUAUGGAGACCACGAGCUCUAUCGCUCGACGAGGAAGACGGAUGAUAGAUGCGCUACUCGAUCUAGACGAGAGCGCUAGGGAGCGGUCGGACGUAUAUCUCGACAUCGACGAGAUUGUGCAACGCGUAUCAGGGGCAGACGAGUUCUUGUAUCCUGAGUCGAUUCCAGACGCGGAUUUCAACUUUCCCUGGGAGCGUUGA